AUGGAUUUUGACAGGAAAGGGGGGAGAGGGGAGCUGGAGGAGGGCCGGAGGAUGUCCAAGACCGGCGGGGGCCGCAGCGGCCACAGCGUGCGGAGCUCAGGGACCAGCUCGGGGGUGCUCAUGGUGGGCCCCAACUUCCGCGUCGGCAAGAAGAUAGGCUGCGGCAACUUCGGGGAGCUGCGCCUAGGAAAGAACCUCUACACAAACGAGUAUGUGGCUAUCAAACUGGAGCCCAUCAAGUCCCGGGCCCCGCAGCUGCACCUGGAGUACCGCUACUACAAGCAGCUCAGCGCUGCAGAGGGCAUCCCUCAGGUCUAUUACUUCGGUCCGUGCGGGAAGUACAACGCCAUGGUGCUGGAGCUGCUGGGGCCCAGCCUGGAGGACUUGUUUGACCUGUGUGACCGCACCUUCACGCUGAAGACUGUGCUCAUGAUCGCCAUCCAGCUGAUCACGCGCAUGGAGUACGUGCACACCAAGAGCCUCAUCUACCGCGACGUGAAGCCCGAGAACUUCCUGGUGGGGCGCCCGGGCAGCAAGCGGCAGCACGCCAUCCACAUCAUCGACUUCGGGCUGGCCAAGGAGUACAUCGACCCCGAGACCAAGAAGCACAUCCCGUACCGCGAGCACAAGAGCCUCACGGGCACGGCGCGCUACAUGAGCAUCAACACACACCUGGGCAAGGAGCAGAGCCGCCGGGACGACCUGGAGGCCCUGGGCCACAUGUUCAUGUACUUCCUGCGCGGCAGCCUCCCCUGGCAGGGGCUCAAGGCCGACACGCUCAAGGAGCGGUACCAGAAGAUCGGGGACACCAAGCGUGCCACGCCCAUCGAGGUGCUGUGCGAGAGCUUCCCAGAGGAGAUGGCCACCUAUCUGCGCUAUGUGCGGCGCCUGGACUUCUUCGAGAAGCCGGACUACGAUUACCUGCGCAAGCUUUUCACCGACCUCUUCGACCGCAGCGGCUUCGUGUUCGACUAUGAGUACGACUGGGCCGGCAAAGCCCUGCCCACGCCCAUCGGCACCGUGCACUCCGACGUGCCCUCCCAGCCCGCUCACCGGGACAAGGUCCAGGCCCACAGCAAGAACCAGGUGAGUGGGGGGACCGCGUCCGGGCGCGGGGUGCCCCCCCCAUCCCCGCUGACUCCUCCGCGGCGGCUGCAGGCGCUGAACUCCACCAACGGGGAGCUGAACGCCGACGACCCCACGGCCGGGCACUCCAACGCCCCCAUCACGGCCCCGGCGGAGGUGGAGGUGGUCGACGACACCAAGUGCUGCUGUUUCUUCAAGAGAAGGAAGAGAAAAUCGCUGCAGCGGCACAAGUGACCUGGCGCUCCUGCGCGUGACUGUCCUCCAUGCCGCCUCAGGCCAGCUUGACCCCGAGGCCACACCGGCCGGGGUGUCCCGCCGCGGCCCCAUCAGACUGCAGGGCCUCGGGCUGGAUAGACGCGGGUCCCUCCCUUAACGUAAGAGACUUCGGCAGCGUUUCUCCGCCUGGGUCCCUCCUGCGCUCCAGAGCGUUAACUAUUCACGGAGGAGCGGACCCCGGAGCGGGGACCCAGGAGCAGGAGCGGGGACCCAGGAGCCGGGCCGAGGCGCCAGUGAGCGCUCAGCCUCAUGACGGCUGCUUGGCUCCCUUGAUCCAAAGGCGUUUCCUCGCGGGGCAGCCCCGGCCGCGUCUGCUGAGCUGGCUGCCCAGGGGCUCCGCGGCCCCAGACCAAAGGGGAAGGCGGGCGGCGACCGGAGCCAGCCCCCACCCACAUGCUGCACCAAAGCCCGUCGAGUGCGGCCUGCGCCCCAAGGUGCAGCUGCUCCCGGGGACCGGCCCGGGUGGGCGGCCUGGGCCCCCAGGCUGGGGCUUCUGGUCUCCACUGCACAGCCUUAAAGCCCCGCGCCCCACGGGCGUUGCCGGUGGGGUGGCCGCAGAGCAGUGGCGACCCCUGCGGUCCAGCCGGGCACCCCGGGGCCAGGGUGCCCCUGGGGCGGUGGUCAGUCAGGCGUAGCUCUUGCUUUACAACGUGUACAGAAAUGGCAUUUACGUUUCUCUGACGCUUCCUUGAAGCCAUAGAACUUAGGGCUUUUUUAAGAAAAUAAAAAAAAAAUGACGCCUGA